UAGUCAUUUUCAUUAAUCAUAAAGCUCGAUUAUAGAACCAGUUAAUUAGAUAUAGAAGAGGAGCAAUCUGUCGAGAAUGGUGGUAGUUAUCUGGGUGUUCGUGGUGCUGUUCUUGCGGUCAAGCUACACGGCGAGCCUGACUUCGAUGCUGACGCUGCAGCGGCUUCAGCCUAAGGCGGACAACAUCGGCCGGCUUUUGCAAAUGAACAGCCGAGUCGGAUACCAGGAGGGAUCAUUCGUUUUCGGGAUGCUGCAGCGGUUUGGCUUCAGCAAAGACCGCCUUCAACACUACAGCACCCCGGAGCAGUACAAGGACGCCAUGUUGAAUGGGAGCAGUCGCGGUGGCGUCGAUGCCGUCUUUGACGAGAUCCCCUAUCUAAAGCUCUUCCUCUCCAAAUACUGCGCCAACUUUACCAUGGUCGGUCGGAUAUACAAAACCGAUGGCUUUGGCUUUGUCUUCCCGAGAGGCUCACCCCUCGUAGCAAAUGUAUCGAGGGCGAUACUGAAUGUUACAGAGGAUGAUAUUAUGAUAAACAUAGCGAGGAAAUGGUUUGGAGAUCGAGCGACAUGCCCUGCUUCUGGGGUUGGUGAUACUGUCAGCUCAUCCAGAUUAGAUUUUUGGCGCUUUGGCGGUCUCUUCCUCAUCACUGGAACUCUGUCAAUUUUAUCCCUUCUGCUAUACAUUGGAAUCUUUAUCUGGAAGGAGUGGCAUGACCUGAGAGCAUCGGCCAUCAAUUCUGAGGACAGAGGAGGAUCAAUCUGGGACAAGAUGAGGUCAUGGGCGAGGUACUAUGAUCGCUUCAAGGAUGACAGCUCCGUUAUCACUCAGAAUGAAAAGAGAGAACUGGAGUUGAGCUGCAAGAAUGCAGUCAACAAUGAUGACGGCUUGCUGCAGCGGAGCGGUGCUCUGAGCAUAUCCGACGUCUCUGCCGCCAACUUCUCCUCGCCGGAAAGGAUGGUUGUUUCCUACAGCUAGGACAAGCGCAGCACAAGACUGAUCAAUAGAGACUGGUGUUAUCAAAAUGGGCUAGGGCUAGCAGAACCUGAAAACGCAUUUCAUUUAUAAAAGCGGCUAGUUUAUGUGAGAUGUAAUUGAUUGGAUGUUGCUGCUACUCAUCUUCAUGAAUUCUGUGAAAAUCAUUAGCUAAUAAACAAUCCAGCAAGAAUAGAUUAUGCUAAUUAAAAUUUCUCUAGGUGCUUGCUGUAAUCCAAAUCG